UCCUCCAGGACCCUCGGAGGGGGCUGUGCUCACCCUGGGAACGGUGCCACGGUCAGGAUCUUGAUUCCUGGGUAGCUGCUGAGGGCCCCUCCCCCACCCUCUGACUCACUGUCUGACACUUUUCUUGGACUCUUUCACUAUCUUUCAUUCCUUUUCUGACUUGGCCUCUCCUGUCUCUGGCUGAGUCUUUUUGUCUCAUCUGCCUCUGCCUCUCUCAGCCUCUGGAUCCCUAGGUCCGGUGGCCGAGCACAAGAGCCAGGGGCUCUUCCUCCUCCCGCAGUGUCAGGGAGGAGAUGAUUUCCCAUUUCCAGGUCUGCAGAUUUUGCUGGGUGCUCAUCAUUAGAACCUGCACCACGGGCUGUAGCUUUCCUGUGUCCCCGUUUCCCUGUCUCCAGCCUUGGAGUUUAUAACCCCCUCACCUUAAGCUCCCAUUCUGUAGACAUCCCUGAGGCAGAGCCAGGGUGUCUGGCUUGAACCUGCUUCCUUAACACUCCUUCUAUUUGUUUACUCUUGGGGAACCUCCUGAGAUGCCUGUGUUGGCACCUGCCUGCAGCCUGAGCUUCCUUUUCCUGCUCUCAGAGCUACCCCCUUCUGGGUGCUAUUCUUGCUCAAACCCUCAGGCACAGGUUGGGGGAUGGGCACGUCCUCCCCUCCAACUAACUGUGACAGGAGCAGGAGGAGGGCACACUGACCAGUGGGCCCCCGAGACCUCAUGUGCCUAAAUCGUUUCUCUGUGUAUACCUGAUCUGCAGCGUCAGCUGCCUACCUCUGAUGGUCCUCAGGAGCCUUCUCUGUGCCAGACCCUAUUCCAGGCACAGGCACAGUGCCGAUCAGGCCGAGAGGCCUUCAGCCUGGCAUGAGGGAGAUGAGCAGUGAGGCCAUUGUAGGAAGGGGCCGUAAGGUCUGUGAAGGGGGAAUCCCAAGAGCCCGCGGGAGCCCAGAGAGGCAUGUAGUGGGGAGGAGUGAGGGUUUCAGGGAGGCCUUUUUGGAGAUGACUUCUAAAGGGGAGUGAGGCUGGGUUCCAGCUUGUGCAAAGGCCAGGAGGUGAGCAGGUCAUGGCCAUUUGGGCAACUGCAAGUUCAGCUGGAGUAUAAAGUGAGGGGGGUGGGGAGAGUCUUGCAUGAUGAAUCUGGAGGGGAGGCAGCAGCCAGGCCUUUCUCAGCCUCUUCUGGAAUUGUGGACUUGAUCCUAAGUGCUCCCCUUAGGGAAUGAUUUUCUGCAUGGGGGUGACGGUAGAUAGACACGCGGUUUAGUAAGAUCACUCCAGGGUAAAGAGUGGCUGCGGGCAGAGGGCAAGAACAGAGGCAGGGGACAUGGGUAGUAGCAGUGGGACAGAGACAUAGGGGUAACAGACUUUCAGAAUUGAAGGUGACAUACGUAAAAUGCACAAAGUAUAUGAAUCUUACGUGUACAGUGAGAUGUUUUAGACACUCAUGGAACCACCACCCAGAUCAACAUAGAAUAUUUCUAGACACCCCUCACCCCCGGCCCCGGGAAAAUUCCCUCAUGACUGUCCCCAGUGCAUGCCCUUCCCACUUGCUGGAUAACCACGAUUCUGAAUUGUAUCAUCACUGACUGGGUUUGCCUUUUCUUGAACUUCAUUCACAUGUAAUCUUGUGUCUGGCUUCUGUCACUCAACAUGAUAUCAGUGAGAUCCAUCUGUAUUGUGUGUAUCCAGGAGCUCUUUCUUUUUUUCUCAGUGUAGAAUGACACAUUCACCAAGCAUUUACCACUGUUCUAAGAACCUGACAUGUAAUGAUUCACGUAAACUUCCCAUCCCUGUGAGGUUGUAAGACAAAGAAUUGAAGACACAGAAGUUAAGGAACUUGCCCAGGGUCACCCAGCCAACUGAUAGCCAAGCCAGGGUUCGAAUGUAAGCAGUCUGGUUCUGGAGCCAAGGUUUUCUUAACACUAUGCUGGGUGGCCUCCGUGAUACCUAUCAAGUCUGUGCCUGGCCUUGUGUGGCUUAAAUGAGCUAAUGUGUACUUCCAGGACUGGGUGACUGGAUGUGGAUGGAGGGAGACAGGAAGGAAUUGAGGAUGACUGCAGGUUUCUGGCUUGAGCUGUCUGUGCCCAGACCCCAGAGUACCCCUCACCACCAUGACUGGACUGCUGAAGAGGAAGUUUGACCAGCUGGAUGAGGACUCCUCCUCACUCUGCUCGUCCUCCUCCUCUUUGUCCUCCUCGGGCCGCCACUCUCCCUCCUGCUCCCCGAGCUCUUCGGCCUCCCCGUCUUGGGACUCGGAUGAGGAGGGCCCCUGGGAUCAGAUGCCCUUGCCUGACCGCGACUUCUGUGGCCCCCGAAGUUUCACCCCCCUGUCCAUCCUGAAGCGGGCCCCCCGGAAGCGCCCAGGCCGGGUAGCCUUCGAUGGCAUCACUGUCUUCUACUUCCCUCGGUGCCAAGGCUUCACCAGUGUGCCCAGCCGCGGCGGCUGCACCCUGGGUAUGGCCUCCCGCCACAGUGCCUACCGCCGCUUCUCCCUGGCCGAGUUUACGCAGGAGCAAGCCCGGGCACGGCAAGAGAAGCUGCGCCUACGCUUGAAGGAGGAGAAGCUGGAGGCGCUGAGAUGGAAGCUUUCGGAGGCUGGGGUACCCAAGACGGAGGCCGACCUGCCGCUUACAGUGGACACCAUAGAUGAUGCCUCUGUGGAGGAGGAUUUGGCAGUGGCCAUGGCAGGUGGCCAAUUGGAGGAAAUGACCUUCCUCCAGCCCUACCCAGCCCGGAAGCGGCGGGCUCUGCUGCGGGCCUCGGGCGUGCGGAGGAUCGAUCGCGAGGAGAAGCGAGAGCUGCAGGCACUGCGCCAGUCCCGGGAGGACUGUGGCUGUCGCUGUGACAGGGUCUGUGAUCCUGAGACCUGCAGCUGUAGCCUGGCGGGCAUCAAGUGCCAGAUGGACCACACAGCGUUCCCCUGUGGCUGCUGCAGAGAGGGCUGUGAGAACCCUAAGGGCCGUGUGGAAUUUAAUCAGGCACGAGUUCAGACCCAUUUCAUCCACACGCUCACCCGCCUGCAGCUGGAGCAGGGGGCCGAGAGCCUUGGGGAGCUGGAGGCCCCGGCCCAGGGUGCCACAUUCAGCCCUAGCGAGCAGGUCCUGGCCCCCACGUUCCCGCUGGCCAAGCCCCCCGUGAGCAGCGAGCUGGGAGACAACAGCUGCAGCAGCGACAUGACCGAUUCGUCCACAGCAUCGAGCAGCAGCGAGGCCCCCAGUGGCUCUGCCCACCCGGCCCUGCCCGGCCCCGGCUUCCAGCCUGGAGUGGACGAUGACAGCCUGGCUCGGAUCCUGAGCUUCAGUGACUCUGACCUGGGUGGAGAGGGGGAGGAGGAGGAGGAAGGGGGUGUGGGCAGCCUGGACAACCUCAGCUGCUUCCACCCAGCUGACAUCUUUGGUACCGGUGACCCCGCUGGCCUGGCCAGCUGGACCCACAGCUAUUCCAGCUCCAGCCUCACGUCAGGCAUCCUGGAUGAAAACGCCAACCUGGAUGCCAGCUGCUUCCUCAAUAGUGGCCUUGAAAGCUUGGGGGAAGGCAGCCUCCCCAGCCCCCCGGUGCCAACCAUCACGGAUGCCGGCCAGAGCAGCUCAGUGGACCUGAGCUUGUCCUCCUGUGACUCCUUCAAGCUGCUCCAGGCCCUACCAGACUACAGUCUGGGGCCCCACUACACCUCCCAAAAGGUGUCUGAUAGCCUGGACAACCUCGAGGCGCCCCACUUCGCCCUGCCUGCCUUUUCUCCCCCUGGGGACGCCAGCACGUGCUUCCUGGAGUCCAUCAUGGGCUUGUCUGAGCCAGCCGCUGAGGCCCUGGCUCCCUUCAUGGACAGCCAGUUGUUUGAGGACACUGCCCCAGCGUCGCUGGUAGAGCCUGUGUCUGUGUAAGGGUUAGGGUGCCUUUUCCCGGCCCCAAGAGCCCUGUUGCUGCUUUGUUGUAAUUGGGGGCUCCCUGAGGUCUGUCUGUAUGUAACGGUCUCCCAUUGGCUGGCUCCCAUGUGGGCACUCCUAAUUUUCAUGCAACACUCUGGAUUUAUUUAUUUAUUUUUGUAACCUUCUGUGCUGAAGCGGGACGGGGGGGCACUUCCCCUUUCAGCUGCCUGGUCCCCCAUAUGCCCACACCCUCUCUUCCACUUCCAUGGCCGUGCCAGGAGCAGGAAGAAAUGUGGCUCCUCUGGAGCUUUGCAGACUCCUUUUCGGUCUUGUAUGAUGUUCCUAAGCCCAAAGACAGCCACACAGGGCUGAAAUCAGCCACUUCUUAAGGCUUCUUCUGCCACCCUGAGCCCUAGACUCAUGGGUGGCUGAAUCCUCUGGACUGUGAAGACUAUAAUUUAUUUCCAUAAUUUAUUUGGAGACUAGGUGGCUGGCAGGCUAUGCUAGGGUCGGGGUGGGGCACUGACCCCUGCGAGUCCCUUUGCCUUUUAGUCCUGCAGCCCUGCCCUCGCCGGGACUUUGGUGUAGACCAGGCAUGGAUUUGAGCCCUCCGUCUAAUGUGGCAGCUGCCCUGCUGCGGCUGGCUGAGCAAGCCGGGGCUGGCCUGGGACCGCAUCUGGGCAGGGGGAGGGGCUGGGCUGACCAACCGUGACCAAAACCCUCUUCUGCCCCACGCAGCCCCCUCUCCUUCCUGUCCUCUGCCCCAUCUUCCCCCUCCCCAAAGGCUGCAGCUUUUAUUCCAAGCCCGUCAAUGUAGGAGGGGGAAGCUGGAGGCCCAGAGAGGGCAAGGGGCUGCCCCAGGGCCUGUAGCACGCCCCUGACCACUCAGGGCUUUCCAGGCACGCACUCCAGCCUGGUCCACCUGCCUGUACCCUAAGGCCAGUUGGCCAGGGGCGAGGGGUGGCUCCUUAUGGCUUUCAUGCCCUUUGUUUGCAGAUGUUGAAUUUCACAUCAUAGUUUCUGUAUUGUCCCUGAGUAUUAGGACUGUAAUUUAUUCAUUUUUCUGUGUCUGUGCCAAGAAGCCCAGGUUCUGGGCCUGCCCUCUUGCCUAGGAGGCUUUGCCAGCCUGCGAGCUUGUGGGAACACCUUGUACCUGAACUUACAGGUACCAAUAAAGAGGCUCUAUUUUUCA